CCGCCCGCACUCAAGAUGGCGGCCGCGGAGGGCGUGGCUUGUGGCUCGGAGGUUCCGGAAAGGUGCGGUAUCAUGGCGGCCCCCGAGGAGCGGAGCCGGGAGGACGAAGACGAGGAAGAAGAGGACGCGGAGCAGUUGGUUUUGGUGGAAUUGUCCGGAAUUAUUGACUCAGACUUUCUAUCAAAAUGUGAAAAUAAAUGCAAGAUUUUGGGAAUUGACACUGAGAGACCCAUUCUGCAAGUGGACAAUUAUGUCUUUGCUGGAGAGUAUGAAGACACUCUUGGGACCUGUGUUAUCUUUGAAGAAAAUGUUGAACAUGGUGAUACAGAAGGCAGUAAUAAAACGGUGCUAAAAUAUAAGUGCCAUACAAUGAAGAAGCUCAGCAUGACGAGAACGCUUCUGACAGAAAAGAAGGAAGGAGAAGAAAACAUAGGUGGUGUGGAAUGGCUGCAGAUCAAGGACAAUGAUUUCUCCUAUAGACCCAACAUGAUUUGUAGCUUUCUCCAUGAGAGUGAAGAUGACGACGUGGUAGCUUCAGCCUCAGAGAAACCUUUGGAGUUGGAGGAGCAAGAGAUUCAAAUGAAAGAGAAUUCAAGCCUGACUUAUGAACAGGCGAAACCACUGAACUUGGAGAUAGAGAAUUCUGGUUCUCUUAUUGAUACCCCUUCUUCUGAGACAGAAGGUUCUGUAUUUAUGGAAACUCAAGAUACUGCCUUAGAACUCACUCCUAGAUGAAAUGUUUCUCAUUAUAACUAGUAACAAACUUUUGGAGUUUUUAUAUAAAAUAAUUGACUCUGUAGCUUUUCAGUUCACUAUUUUACUAGUUUUGUUGACUAUACACACAUUUCCAACUAUAGUGCAGUUUUAUAUACUAGAGUCAUUAAGGACCAGAUAUGAAUUGAAUUUUUAAAAAUAUGAUAUAAAUGACUAUAGGAACCCUUCUCUGAUAAGUCCUUUAAAUUAGAAGUUUUAUUAAAGUAAGUGUAUACAUUUUUUAUUGCAGCCAUCAUAAAUAACUCCAAACUUAGUGGCUUAAAGUGACGCAGGUGUCGGUCAGCUAUCUGACGGACUGGGCUAAACUCAGAGUAUUGGCAGGACCUCAUUCUUUUCUGGAGGUUGGGGAUGGGGGGACUCUAUUUCCUUAUUCAUUCAAUUAUUGGCAGAUUUCAGUUCUUUACAGUUGAAGGAUCAAGCCCAUUUUCUUGCUAUCAUCUGAGAACCAUUUCCACCUUCUGGAGGCAGCCUACAUUGCUUGGCUAUGGUCUUCUCUUCAGAGCGAGUAACAGUCAAGUCCCUCUCACUCGCUGAGUCUCUCCUGCUUCUUCCAUCAUACUGUCUCUGACUCACCUAAUUACCUGACCCAGUAUCUGUUUUUUCUUUUUUCUCUUUUGUAGCAGUCCCAGAAUUAUGCAGGUUAUCAGUGUGCCCAUGUAUAUGCACAUACGUGGCCUUAUAACUAAGUACUGGCCAGUGACAUGGAAUUAUGUGUUGAGUGAUAGAUGCUUCUGGAAAGUUUCCUUAAACUUUAAGGCAAACAUUUAAGAAAAAUGGGCCCGUUCAUCUUCUUUCUCUUCCUGCUGGAACAUGGAUGUGGUGGCUAGAGCUUCAGCAGGCUUUUGGGAAAACAAAGUCCCCUUGGAAGUGGAAGCCAGGAGUGGCAGAGCGGCAAGAUAGAAGAUUGGAUCCUGAUAUCUGCCCUGGACUGCCAAGACUAAAGAAGGUUAAUAAUAGAACCCUUUCUUUUUCUCCUUGGUAGAAUGACUUCCAGUUUAACUUUUGGCACUGUUUUCUUUAGAAAUCUAUUAGAUGGGAGAAUAGAAUGUCGACUGUGAUGUCAGGCAAUAUUGUUUAUAAUAAAAAUGACCCUUUAUUGGUAA